CAUUGAGAUUGUAGGCAGGCACUUUCCCAUUCAUUCCCUCUUCAUUCUUCAAACAAACAGCUUCCUCGUUUUGCCUCAAAUGGAACUUCCACAGUUACACUCACAAACAAGGUGUCAAGGGAAAACAAGAAAUGGGUCCUUUUCUUCUUCUUCCUCUUCCUCAUUAGUUUUGGAUAGUGAGAGAGGAGAGCUUGUGGAGGCUACAAUGAACCUGCCAAGAAAGGGGGUGUCAGCCGACAGAAAUGUGGCUGCUCUGAAGAACCAUAGUGAGGCUGAGAGGAGGCGCCGUGCGAGGAUUAAUGCUCAUUUCGAUACACUCCGUGACCUCGUACCGGGUGCUAACAAGAUGGACAAAGCAUCAUUACUUGCUGAGGUGAUUGGACACUUGAGAGAACUAAAGAAGAAUGCGGAAGAAGCUUGUGAAGGUAUUCUAAUACCAAUGGACACUGACGAAGUGAGAGUGGAAAAGGAGGAUGAAAUGGAUGGAAAUCCUUGCUUGAUUAGGGCAACUCUGUGUUGUGAUUAUAAACCUGGACUUUUGUCUGAUUUGAGACAAGCACUUGAUGCCCGCCAUCUGAUGAUAGCGAAAGCAGAGAUGGCAACUUGGGAAGGAAGGAUGAAGAAUGUUUUUCUGGUGGCUAGCUGCAAAGAGGGGGACUCUAAAGAUGCUGCAGUAAGGAUUUCUACAAGCACUGUAGACCAAACACUUAGGUCUGUACUUGACAAAUUUUCUGCUUCAGAGGAAUUCUCCUUAAGAGCUACACUUUCAAACAAGAGGCGAAGGGUUUCUUUGUUCAAUUCUUCAUUGUCUUCUUCAUCUGCAUAACUUUGGUGAGCAUAUAAUUACUUAGAAGUGGUUCAAUUCUUUAGAAUGCAACUUUUUAUGUUCAUAGUCAUAGUAGUACUGGAUAUAUAUAUAUAUAUAUAUAUAAUAAUUGCUUAUGUUUCAUCUGCUGUAUAAACUGAGGAAUUUAUAUACCCAGGUCUCUCAUUGCUGGAUUAUAGGUGACUGGAUAAGAUGUACCUGUUGUAAUAUAAAUCAUAGAUAUUGUAAAAUGAGCAACUUAUCUCAUGAUUUAACUUUGU